GUUUCUGCUGCUUGAGGAGCGUUUGGAUUGGUAACUUGUCAACAGAAACAUGGCUGCCUCUGCGUCGGGGAAAGCAAACCGAAACGAUAACGCUUCCAUGGGCAGUCAAAAAUGCAUCGAAGAGCACCCCGCACAGACGCGGGAGAUUAUCAAACCGUCUAUCAUGGAGCUCACCAAAGAAGUGCGGACCAAUAUCCUCUGCACCGUGGAAGGAUGUGGCAAGAUUCUACCGAACACGCCAGCCCUGAACAUGCAUCUGGUGAAGUCCCACAGAGUAAAGGUAGCUAGCUUGUUAGCCUCUUUGCAAGCUAACCUAAGGGGCUACUGAUGUAUUUCAAUACGUAGUCUUUCUAUUUUUCAAUUCAUGAUACUAGGAUCGCUAACUAGUUGCGCUAGCUAUUUAGCGGCAUGCUUAUUGGAAAAACGACAAGUCAUCGUGCACUGUUUGAGGCCAGUACAUUGAAGUUGUCUACCUAUAACUAUAUUGCGGAUAACGUUACUUUGUAACUAUUGUGUUACAAUGCUUUAAGCAAUGUUUCAAUCAUCCUAGGCUAGGAUCAUAGCUGUAUGAGACUGAUUAUCCUGGCUGUUAAAUUAACUAGCUUUCUUGUACUGCCUUUACAUGUCUGACAUACAAAUAUAUUCUCUGUUCAAACCCACACGGUUAGAUGUGCACAAUAAUACGAUUAUUGUGGAUAGUCAGAUUAAUAUAAUAGUUCGUUUAAAACGUUUACAUGCUUUGUAAGAACAACGUCGAUUUCACUAAUAAUUCUGUUUACAUGGACAUCUGAAAUUACUGUACCCCCGCACAUUGACUCGGUACCGGUACAACCUGUAUGUCUCAUUAUUGUUAUUUUAUUGUAACUUUUAUUUUUUAUUUUUUUAACUUUCGUUUAUUUAGUAAAUAUUUUCUUAACUCUAUUUCCUUAACUGCAUUGUUGGUUAAGGGCUUGUAAGUAAGCAUUUCACGGUAAAGUGUACAUCUGUUGUAUUAGGUGCAUGUGACAAAUAACAUUAUUUGAUUUUGAUGGGACUUUUGAUAAAUGCAGAAAAUCGACAAUCAAAAUAAACGUUUACCACAUUGACCAUGUUAUUUUAACGAAUACUAUUUGAUUCUGAGUUAGGACAUAUAACGUUUGUAUGUGAAAAGAUGCAUACUUUAAGAUCUUCCUAACUCGCUUCACCAACGCAUGAGGUAGGUUUGCGCUAGGGGUGCUGGCACAUGCGCAGAUCAAAUACACCGCUGGAACGCGGAUUAAACCGUUUUCAUGCCUUAAUUCGAAGAUUGCUUAGAAAACCAGGUGUUUUAAUCAGCGUAUGUUUACUUCGAUUAAGACCUUACGCCGAUUAAGAUAAGCAGAGUAAGGUGUUUACAUGAUUAAUGACUUACUCGGCCUUCUGCCAUAAUCAGUUUAAUAUCGAAUUAUUAGUGUGCAUGUAAACAUACUUGUCUCCAUGCCCGCAUAGCCUAAUUUUGUGUCGUAUUAUUGACAGAAGUGUCUGGAAAUUCGAGCAAUUAAAAUAACUUUUAGUGAAUUAAUGUUUAAAUGGCUGAAGAAGAUGGCCUAAGCCUAGAUGUGCAAUGAAAUCAGUCUCAUCAUACAACUAACCGCUAAUGUCACACUGUCUUUAGCCUAAAUAUGAAUAUUGGACUAUAGUAAGGGAAAGUCUUGUAGACAAAGGUCCUCCUCUUGAACAGAAAUGUAUGCAAUGUCCUCGCCAAGUCUUGCUGCCCCCGUGGGAGUCCUAGUGAUUCCAGUUUCCUCCAAAUGAAUGCUGUUCUCUGCUGGGAUCUAGCUGUCUUUUGUCUUGCUACAGACUGAGCUCUUUGUAAGAAAAUAAAAGGUGAAUGUUUGAAUUUGAAUUAGGUCUGAAAAGCACUUCAUGCUCCUCAUUUCCCCACAUAAGUACUAACUGUUCUCAAUACUGAACCAAUUCAAAUGGGCCUAAUGCAGGAGAAUGAGAGAUGGAGGAGAAAAUGCAUGGUGCAGCAGUUCAUGAAGGAAACACAAUGUCAAUCUGAACAAAAUGGUGUGGAGUGAGCAUAGUCUUAGAUGUCCAUGACUGUGUGGAAGGACUGACAGUAGAGGUAACGCUACCCUUGCUUUCGAGGACCCAAGGCAUUAACAAGGCAUUCUGCCUUAUCACCAAGGUUCUCAGCUAUAAGCACCGCUUACCGGUGGGACCAUGUGACUACAAUCCCGACGCUCUGUUUUAACGUUUAGAAACGUCAAUAAUCAUCACUUGUUUUCAAAACAUAUGGAACUUAUCUUUCAUAUGAAUGAGAAAUAAUCUUUCAAUAAAAUACAUUUACUAUAGCAGGUUUGCACAGAUCCAUACGUCUGUGUGCCUCCAGUGACGAACUACACUUCCUCUACACUUCCUCCCCAGUUACGCUUACACACAGGUGUUCGAGCACGCUAGAUAGCUAGUUAGCACAGGUGGUCGCCUGUCUUCCGUAAACAGGCACUGUAACAUGGAGAUAUGGCCGUGUGGGAACACUAACCAUUUAAAGGUGUGUAGUAAUUUAACCGUUUUUGUUUUUUGAAAAUGAUUUCUCACUGAUAUGAAAGAUAUGUUACUUAUGUUUCCAAAACCGUAUCGGAAGCGAUGCGUGUUAACAUUCAGAAUGAGUGUCUGGGCUCUUAACAAAACUCCCCCGGCCAGAAGAUACCUUCAUAAAUAGACACUAAAUGUAGUUAUGGGCUGACGCUACCCUACCGGAGUCAUCAGGGCAGGAAAGCACAGGCUGCUUUCUGUCCCUCCGCUGUUACUCACACACUGGUCAGGCAUGUUCUUUUUUAUUCCUCAACGCAGAAAGAGAUGUGAUUUGGGUUAUAACACUGUUGUCGCUGGACACUCACUGUGCCUUAGCUCUGCUGAACUGCCAUAUCACAUUUGCUGGCCAACUGCUGUAACACAACAAUCAAUUUAAUUUCACACACUUCUGAACAUUACAACGCACACUCAAAUAUUAGCCUAUGCACUGUACUAGGCAGGCUGUAGUGUAGACUAGUCACACUUCCUGUGUAAUGGCUGUGUGGAGGGUGUUAGUGAGUCACUCAACAUGUUAAACUCGCAAGUUAAAUACUUUUGAUGACCUGACUCCUUGAUGUAGCACACUGACAUAUUUUCAGUUUGCAUUUCCUAGCUGCGGUGCUGCCCAGCAGACCCUACCCAAGCUGUCUUGUAGCAGACAGAAACAAAGCUAUCUCUGCCCUGCCUGCCUGUAUCACCGUCUGUCAAUGCACUGUGCCUGGUCUGUCUGCAGGGAAGGGACAUAAUAGUGUCAUGGAGAGCAGCUCAGGGACUGUGCUCUGGCCUAGAACAGACAGUCUGAAUGCUGCUGCAAGACGCCAGUUAGUCCAUCUGCUGCUGCAAGACGCCUAUGCAGAACUGUAUGCCUCUGACAUCGCCUGUACAAUAGUAUAAGAAACUGUGUCUAUGUUCACUGUGAAGACAGAUCAUUUUAGCACUAUGCAUGAUGUUUAUGUAUAUUAGCCUAACUUACAUCAAAAUGUCUCUUUUUAUAAGUACUGUACCAAUGACACAGUAGAUGUAGCCUACUAGGUGACCUUGGGCAGGGAAAUACUGCAAUGCUAAUAAUGAUGGUUAGAAAUACACAGGGGUCGAUGCUGAGGUCUAUCGGUGGCCUGUGAGGCCUACCAAGCUCUAUGUCAGUGCUGUACUCUUACAUAAGCAUCAUGCUGUUGUUCAUUGAAUUAAUGCAAUGUGCUGCUGACAGCUGCUUCGGCACGGCUAUCUGGAGACUGCCAGGAGUGUGGAGUGACGAAGCACACACUGUGGAAAGCACAAGCUCAAUGUGCUGUUAAGCUAAUUACUUUAAUCUGAACCUCUUUAAAGUCAUAUACACUACCAAUCAAACGUUUGGACACACCUACUCAUUCAAGGGUUUUUCUUUAUUUUUACAAUUUUUUACAUUGUAGAAUAAUAGUGAAGACAUCAAAACUAUGAAAUAACACAUGGAAUCAUGUAGUAACCAAAAAAAGUGUUAAACAAAUCAAAAUAGAGUUCAAGUCACAGACACAUCUCAACAUCAACUGUUCAGAAGGGACUGUGUGAAUCAGGCCUUCAUGGUCGAAUUGCUGCAAAGAAACCACUACUAAAGGACACUAAUAAGAGACCUGCUUGGGCCAAGAAACACGAACAAUGGACGUUAGACCGGUGGAAAUGUGUCCUUUGGUCUUGAGUCCAAAUUGGUGAUUUUUGGUUCCAACCGCCGUGUCUUUGUGAGACGUGGUGUGGGUUGAACGGAUGAUCACUGCAUGUAUAGUUCCCACUGUAAAGCGUGGAGGUGUUAUGGUGUGGGGGUGCUUUGCUGGUGACACUGUAUGUGAUUUAUUUAGAAUUCAAGGCACACUUAACCACCAUGGCUACCACAGAAUGAUUCCGUAUGUGUUAUUUCAUAGUUUUGAUGUCUUCACUAUUAUUCUACAAUGUAGAAAAUAGUUAAAAAUAAAGAAAAACCCUUGAAUGAGUAGGUGUGUCCAAACUUUUGACUGAUACUGUAGAUGUGGACCUACCAUCUGGAACACCUUUGUCUGUGUAUUUGCCAUUCGCAUGGUUUUUCUACAAAGGAUAAUUGGCGUGUCCAUCCGCUGGAAGUUUUCAUUGUAAUGGUACUCUGAGAGAGAGAGAGCGCCUAGGCUAAAAUCAUCACUAACUAAAGUAUAACUAAUGCCUAGCCUUUAGCUCUCAACGGUCUUGAGUUGUGCUGAUGGCCUACCUUCCUACAUGUGGUUGGUUAGCCUACAUUAUUUUAGUGCUGAUAGAUUACACUAAAUCCUAAGCCUAUAGUAUCACAAUCUAAUCAUUCAUCCUCUCUCUCCAUAGGACGGUCUUGUCAACCCCACCAUCAGGAAGGACAUGAAGGGCUCCCAGAAGCUGCUCUACUGUUGUCCCAUAGAGGGCUGUCCACGAGGCCCCAACAGACCCUUCUCUCAGUUCUCCCUGGUUAAACAGGUACCACAUCACUACAGUCAGUUUAAGAUCUGUAUAAUGCCAGAGAGAGCCUGACUGAAACCACCUGAGUCAGACUCAUGAGGAUUGUCUAAUGAAUUGAAAGACUGAGUCAGACAUUUCCUCCUGGGUUUUCCUGCUUUGGAGCUCCCCUGAGAUCCUGAUGGUGGAUGGGAAUUGUAAAUGAUUGGAAAGUGUGUCUUAUAAUUAUAUCUCAAUAGAGAGACUUUUGAAGUGUAACUAGGAAAUUGGAAUAAGGGAAUUGUACAUUCCUUUACAGCUUUCUUCCAGUUCAUGUAACGAGUAACUUCCUCUCAUAGCCCUAUGCGUAUUCUGUUCUUUCCAGCACUUUAUGAAGAUGCAUGCAGAGAAGAAGCACAGGUGUUCCAAGUGCAACAACGGCUACAGCACAGAGUGGGACCUGAGGCGCCACAUAGAGGACUGUGGGAGGACCUACCGCUGCACAUGUGGCUGCCCUUACGCCAGCAGAGCGGCGCUACUGUCACAUAUCUACAGGACCGGCCACGAGGUCCCUACAGAACACAGGUAUACACUCAGUGUACGAAACAUAAGGAACACGUGCUCUUUCCAUGACAUAGACUGAGCAGGUGAAUCCAAGUGAAAGCUAUGAUCCCUUAUUGAUGUCACCUGUUAAAUCCACUUCAAUCAGUGUAGAUGAAGGGGAGGAGACAGGUUAAAGAAGGAUUUGUAAGCCUUGAGACAGUUGAGACAUGGAUUGUGUAUGUGUGCCAUUCAGAGGGUGAUGGGCAACACAAAAUAUUUAAGUGCUUAGGAACGGGGAAUGGUGGUAGGUGCCAGACACACUGGUUUGUGUCAAGAACUGCAACGUUGCUGGGUUUUUCAUGCUCAACAGUUUCCCAUGUGUAUCAAGAAUGGUCCACUACCCAAAGGACAUCCAGCAAACUUGACACAACUGUGGGAAGGAUUGGAAUCAACAUCGGCCAACAUCCCUGUGGAAUGCUUUUGACACCUUGCCCCGACGAAUUGAGGCUGUGCAACUCAAUAUUGGGAAGGUGUUCUUAAUGUUUUGUACACUCAGUGUAUACUGGAUAUCAUACUGGAGGGCAGUGUUUCCAUUAGUCGGUUAUUGAUGGGUUUUGGCCGAUAAAAAUGCAUAAAAACCGACAAAUAUAAGCAUUGCCGGAGACAGUGUCCAGCAAAAAAUAUCCUCCAUAAAUCACAUUAGCUAUGCAUUGAGGUUGGAUCAUGUCAUCUUUCAAUGAUCUCUCUACUUUGCCUGUUUACGCUGCCUGCCUGUCUAUCUUGAGCUCGUGCUCUCACUAGCAAAUUGGCAUUAUGUCAACUGGAACUGGCCCACACAUUUUUCACAUGCCAGUCUGUGACACACAGCUGUGUUCUGUUUUCUAUGAUUUAUGCUAAAUUCAUCUCCCUAAAAGAGAAUUUACAGAAAUGUCCACCAAGGAGGAAUAUAGGAGAUGAGAAUCUUGCUUCCCUACUCUUCCUCUAAUCUACUGCCUGUUUGAGUAGUUAGCUAAAAAAAAUGCUUAACUAGCUACUGUACCAAGGAUGGAGGUACAGACAAGUGGACAAAUAAAUAGACACUGAAACAGAGGAUUUUGACAAGCCAGAUGGACAGAUUGAGACAUGCAUUGUGCAAGGAGCCAACGUUCACUUGGUAGGCUAUCCUUCCUCCUUGCAUAUUGCAGUCACUUCCAUGUGGUGUCAAUGAACCGUCAGUGGGUGCUCCUAAAAGCAAUAGUUUCUAUUAGGUAAGUCUCACAUUUGGGUGGACAUGCUGGUGGAGGGGAUUUAAAGAUAUUGUGGACACAUGGUGGCAGAGGGGCUCAAAGUCUUCAAGUGUCAUGCAGUUUAUCCAGUCAACCAUCAUGUAAUUAUUCAAUAACGGAUCAUGUUGGGACUAACACCUGCAUGCACAACGUGGCUUGAGAACAGACCUUGAAUAUGAAAACACAACGAUUAAGUGAGAAUGCUGGCACUGCACUUUGCUUUUAUUAGUAUUUGUCAAAGCUUUAUAACUACCUACUGCUGUUUGGUCUGCUUGACAUAUUCUCUCCUCUGCCCUGUGUUUGCAGGUAUCCACCAGUGAAAAAGCGGAAGAUGGAGAGACAGAUAAGUGGAGCAGAAAAAGUCAAGCCCAGUGAAUUAAUGUGUCAGAUCAUAAAAACUGACAGAGAACUUUCAGAGGGCUCCCUCCCUUCAGACAGGGUCUGCCACAACAACCCCCCAAAACACCUCCAGAAACUCCUCCUACCCAAGCCCAAAGUGGCACUGGUGAAUUUCCCUGUGAUGCAGCUGGCCCAUCUCCCCGUCUCCUCCCCUCCACAGAGAGCGGGGUUCUGAGGUCUGUGGUGCUGGCCGUGGACAGCCAGGGCUCCUUCAGCACCCUCCACCUCAUGCCCCAGUCCAUGGUGCCCCACCUGGACCCUAAGACCCUGGGCUUCAGGGGCAGCAUGCCUGCCUCCCGCUCCAGUCUGGGGCCUGUCAGCAUGGGGGUGCAGGUGAGUCUGGAGUCAGUGGGCUCUGGCAAUGACCCAGGAGGAGUCAGGGGGAGAAGUACCUCCACCAACAUCCAGACAGACAUCUCAUACUUGUCCAGGAUGCCUAUGGGGGACGGGGUGGGGAUGGAGGUGUGCCCCAUUGGUGAGUCAUCAGGUCUCAUCGUGUUCUCAGACAGAUAUUAGUGUGAGUGCUCAGGUCCUGCUGCCGGUCAGUGUAGAGACCCAGACAUUUCCCUCUAAGGCCAAAGCCACCACCACCAUCGGGGCGCAGACCGACACCCAUACCCACACCCUCAGCCAGCUGUCCUGCCCCUAUUCCUCCCCAUCCCAGUCCCCCUACAUCACCAAGCAGACCCAGACCAGCCUCCCCCUGGACUGGGUCAGAAGAGAGGGCUCAGAUGGACCAGGCCAUCAUGUGCUCAGACCUCUUCGACAGCUACUCCCUCAGCGUCUCCACACAGACGGCACUGACAGACGGACACUUCAAAACCCACGGUGUAGACGACCCCCUCUCCGGCGCCAGUAAUGGUCUCUAUGACGACGACAAGUCAGCAGGAGGCAUGUGUUUUGGCAUGCAGACAGACGAUCUCCAGUCGGGCAGCAUGGCGGACAACCAAACCCAGACCACCUUGGCUCUGUUCAAUGACCUGGAGAACAUCUUGUCGGGUCACUCUCUGUCUGGUCACCAGACGCAGACGGAUUCUUCAACAGGCUGUGGAUCAGGUCUGGGCUCUGUUCAGGAACAGCACACGGGCAUCGACUUUGACAUUGAGGAAUUCCUGAACGCGGCCCACAUCCAGACUCAGACGGAGGAGAGCGGGCUGGGGGCCGACACACCCCUGGAGGUCCUGGACAUCCAGACCCAGACAGACUUCCUCCUUCUGGAGGGCCUGGGAAACAGUGAGGGGCCGGGCCGGAGCCAGGCCAGCGACCUGGAACUGGAGAUGUUUGACACCCAGACCCAGACAGACCUCAACUUCCUGCUGAAAGCCGGAGGCCACAUGCCCCUGGGCAACAUUCUGCGCCAGUCCAGCUUCUCCAUGAGCACAGAGUCCUCUGACACUGAGACACAGACCGACCUCCGCCAACCGCUGACACCAAACUCCAACAUCCUUCCCUCUGUCUCCCAGGGCGAUCAGGCCAGGCUCUUGAGCAGCACAGAGACUCAGACGGUGACCGACGCAUCUUCUGAGGGCCUCGGAAACCUCUUCCUGACCAGCAACGAGACCCAGACAGUCAUGGAUGACUUCCUGUCAGCUGACAUGGCUUGGAACAUGGAGUCCCACUUCAGCUCGGUGGAGACGCAGACGUGUGAGGAGCUAUUUGCUCUCUUUCAGCACUCCGAGAAGGCCAACAGCUGA